AUGCUGCUGAUUCUGCUGUCAGUGGCCCUGCUGGCCCUGAGCUCAGCUGAGAGUUCAAGUGAAGGUAAAACGGAAGGGGGAAAAGAUGCGGUGACUGCUUGGGACUUAGGAGGUGACAGUGAAAUUAGUAUCUGGGUCUCAUUUUUGUGCAUUUCCCCAUUUAGCUCCAUUACUGUAAAAAUUUGUGGCAACUAUUCAGUGAAUGCCGUGUGUCCCCCAUCUCCUCCAGGAAAGCCAGAAGGACGACGCCCACAAGGAGGAAACCAGUCCCAAGGUCCCCCACCUCAUCCAGGAAAGCCAGAAGGACCACCCCCACAAGGAGGAAACCAGUCCCAAGGUCCCCCACCUCAUCCAGGAAAGCCAGAAGGACCACCCCCACAAGGAGGAAACCAGUCCCAAGGUCCCCCACCUCCUCCAGGAAAGCCAGAAGGACGACCCCCACAAGGAGGCAACCAGUCCCAAGGUCCCCCAUCUCAUCCUGGAAAGCCAGAAAGACCACCCCCACAAGGAGGAAACCAGUCCCAAGGUCCCCCACCUCAUCCAGGAAAGCCAGAAAGACCACCCCCACAGGAAGGAAACAAGUCCCGAAGUGCCCGAUCUCCUCCAGGAAAGCCAGAAAGACCACCCCCACAAGGAGGCAACCAGUCCCAAGGUCCCCCACCUCAUCCAGGAAAGCCAGAAAGACCACCCCCACAAGGAGGCAACCAGUCCCAAGGUCCCCCACCUCAUCCAGGAAAGCCAGAAAGACCACCCCCACAGGAAGGAAACAAGUCCCGAAGUGCCCGAUCUCCUCCAGGAAAGCCACAAGGACCACCCCAACAAGAAGGCAACAAGCCUCAAGGUCCCCCACCUCCUGGAAAGCCACAAGGCCCACCCCCAGCAGGAGGCAAUCCCCAGCAGCCUCAGGCACCUCCUGCUGGAAAGCCCCAGGGGCCACCUCCACCUCCUCAAGGGGGCAGGCCACCCAGACCUGCCCAGGGACAACAGCCUCCCCAGUAA